CCUUUCAAAUCCCAACUCCGCAGAGGUGCAGUUGAGGCAUAGACCCGCCACUAGUCCAUGGGUUUGGACCUUAAUGAUCUGGUUCAUCAAGGAUCCGACAAGUCCGAUUAGGCUUAAAGCCUCUAACUACACGUGUGAUUUUACUACUUAAUCUUAGGAGCAAGUGGGACCCUCUGACAAGAAUCACAGAACGAACGGUGUAUGAUCAUAUGAAGCUGCAGAUGGAACCGGACGGGAAGCCCAUGGUCCUUCUCGCAUAAAAGCAUCGAAAGGAAUUUUUUUUUUUUAGAAUUUUUUUAACACGUGACUAAUAAUAACUAGAGAAAGGUGAAAAUCCCUUUAAUCUCUCUUGUGGGUUUGAUCUUUUGCGUUCUGAAGCAGAAGAGAAAAUGGGAGGUUCAGUGAAGGAUGUGCAGUCGAAGGGCGAGCUUGAUGACCUACGUCAGAGUGGCGCACCGGUUAUCUUGCACUUCUGGGCAUCUUGGUGUGAAGCGUCCAAGCACAUGGACACAGUCUUUUCCCAUCUCUCCACUGAUUUCCCUCAUGCCCAUUUCCUUAGGGUAGAAGCAGAAGAACAACCUGAGAUAUCGGAGACAUACACUGUUUCUGCUGUGCCUUAUUUUGUCUUUUUCAAGGAUGGUAAGGUUGUUGAUAAAUUGGAGGGUGCAGAUCCAUCUGGUCUGGCCAACAAAGUUGCUAAGGUUGCUGGGUCAAUUAACCCUGGAGAACCAGCUGCUCCUGCCAGCCUUGGAAUGGCUGCAGGACCUACUAUACUUGAAUCAGUCAAAGAGUUGGCAAAGGAAAAUGGAUCUUCCCAAAUGGGUAACCAAGUGCAACUUGGCCUAAGUGAUGCCCAAAAAAAGCAACUGCAGCAGCUGAUUGAUUCUCAUCCAGUCAUGCUAUUCAUGAAAGGAAGCCCAGAAGAGCCCAAAUGUGGAUUUAGCAAGAAAGUUGUAGGCAUUUUGAAGGAUGAGAAGGUCAAAUUUGGAACUUUUGAUAUCCUCUUGGACAAUGAAGUUCGUGAGGGGCUAAAGAAAUUCUCUAACUGGCCAACAUUUCCUCAACUCUAUUGUAAAGGUGAACUUCUCGGAGGGUGUGACAUAGCAAUUGCAAUGCAUGAGAGUGGUGAAUUGAAAGAAGUUUUCAGAGAUCAUGGAGUUGAUGCCACUGGGACAAAAGCAGGAACUGGUGGCAUCUCAGAAUCUACUGGCUUAAGUGCAACUCUUAUCUCUCGGCUGGAGAGUUUGAUUAACUCAAGCCCAGUUAUGCUGUUUAUGAAAGGAAAACCUGAUGAAACCAAGUGUGGCUUCAGCCAUAAGGUAGUUGAAAUUCUUACAGAAGAGAAGGUUGAUUUUGGAAGUUUUGAUAUACUGUCUGAUGACGAAGUUCGUCAAGGGCUGAAAGUUUACUCAAAUUGGUCUAGUUUCCCCCAAUUAUAUAUUAGAGGUGAACUCAUUGGUGGCUCAGACAUUGUAUUGGAGAUGCAGAAAAGUGGGGAACUUAAAAGGGUGUUGACUGAGAAAGGUAUCAUUAAGAAAGAAAGUCUCGAGGAUCGUCUGAAGAAUUUGAUUACUUCUUCAUCAGUGAUGCUCUUCAUGAAAGGUACCCCUGAUGCUCCAAGAUGUGGUUUCAGUUCUAAAGUUGUCAAUGCACUGAAGGAGGAAGGCGUGGAUUUUGGUUACUUUGAUAUUUUAACUGAUGAAGAAGUGAGGCAAGGACUGAAAGUCUUCUCUAACUGGCCAACCUUCCCUCAACUUUAUUAUAAAGGUGAGCUUAUUGGAGGGUGUGAUAUUGUACUGGAGCUGCGAAACAAUGGAGAGCUGAAAGCUACCCUGUCUGAGUAGGGUAAGUUUGAUUUUACAAAUUCAUAUGCAACGAAAUGUUGGCACAAGUUUUCAGCUGGAUGGUUACCACCGACAUUCUACUAGUUCCCAGAGCUUGCUUUGUGUCAGUCACCUUGAUCUUCUUAAUAUGUGAUAAAUUUGAGCUAUUCUUAGUAAGAACAUGUUGGAUGAAGUGGUGUUUAGAUACUGCCUGAACAUUUCAAUCAUUAUACUUGGACGUGGGAUGCUUCUUGCUUGAUGUUUUCUUACUGUCAUGAAAUAAAAUUCCAGUAAGACUUGCUUUUAUUAUAGCUUAUCAAUAAGACUUUAAUUCAUGA